CCGGCCCUCGCCUCAAAACACGAGGGUGGGUGGGUAGACCUGCGAUGCGAAGGAGAAUUCUGAAGUCAGGCAAUGGAGGAAGAAAAGGCGGCGGCCUAUUAUGACGAGCUCUCUCGCAAGGGCGAAGGCGCCGCCAGGUUCAAGCAAGGCCUCGGUUUCUCUUCUUCUGCCUCCGCCAGAGACCACGCCGUCCCGGCCAGGGGAUCCUCUCUUCCUUCGUCCUCAUCUUCCUUCCUCAACAACUUCGUUAGGGCUUCGAGCCCCUCCAAGGCCGCCGAAUACCAGAAGCAAGCUCAGCUCCAAACCAUCCAAAACAAGCUCAAUAAGAAACCUCCUUCUACCUCCUCCGGUGACAAGCAAUCUUCUAGGGUUUCGAGUGACUGGCGGCACCGAGACUCGGUGGAUAGGGGCAGCGAUCGCCAUUCUAGGCGCCGAAGUCGUAGUCGGAGCCGGGAUUGUCGUGGUUCACGGCACCGGCAUCGGCAUCGAUCAUUAAGCAGAGAUAGGGAUAGGGAUAAGGAUAGGGACAGAUAUAGAGAAAGAGAUAAAGAUAAGGACAGAGAUAGGAGGAGGAGAAGGCAGAGUCGGUCGCCGAGUGCUUCGGAUGAAGAAAGAGGCCGCCGGAGAAGGGAGAAGAGUGGAGACGACGGGAGUAAAGAUCAGGGCGUAAAUAAACCGGCAAAGGACCGAAAUGGAGGGAUUGACUACGCAAAACUGAUCGGAGGUUACGACGAUAUGACUCCAGCAGAAAGAGUUAAAGCCAUGAUGAAGCUUCAGCUUUCUGAAAUAGCUGAAAAGGAUGCAGCAACAGGCAUGGGUGCAGGAUGGGAACGGUUUGAAUUCAAUAAGGAUGCCCCGCUUGAUGAUGAGGAUAUUGAAGCUGCAGAAGAUGAUGCAGUGUUAGUCAAGCACAUAGGUCAAAGCUUUAGGUUUUCGGCUGUAGAGGCAAGAAAGGAGGAUGAGAUCAAGGCAGCUCAUGACGAGGCCAUGUUUGGGGCCUCAUCUCUCCCGGCAGUUGCUAAUACUGACGAUGAAAUAGCAGAGGAGAAGAGCAAUAUACAAAACACUGAAAGUGCCCCUUCUACAAAUCUCAUAAGUGACGAGUUACUUACAUUGCAAGGAGGUUCUUGGCGGAAUCGAGCUCGGAAAGGAUAAGCAGUCAUUGGCUGAGGGCAGACCGGCAGAGUUUGUUGCGAAUGAAGCCAACAUGGAUAGCGGCUAUGAGAUGGGUUUUUCUAUCUCAUCAAUGUAUAAUUUUGUUAAUUGCUGGUGUUUCUCAUGUUGGAUGCAUUUUGGGAGGUUGUGAGAGCUAUAUACCCAGUUUACAAUAUGAGCUCAUUGCCCGCGGGCAUUGUUGCCGCCAUCAUCAAGCUCAAGGAGGAAGAUGGUCGAAAGAGGCUUUAUUGAUGGUGAUAAUUCUGCCAAAUCAUGAAGCGCCCGUUGCUGAUAUUUUUGUAAAGCUUGUCCUGUUCUGUGUAAACCACUUUAAUUGUUUGGCUUGUGUUUAAUGAUUACUAAUGUAUUCGUUCUUUUUUUUGGCUAA